AUGCGGAGAGCGGUCGGCUUCCCUGCGCUGUGCCUGCUUCUUAAUCUUCACGCUGCAGGAUGUUUUUCAAGAAAUAAUGACCACUUUUUGGCAAUUCAGCCGAAGAAGAGUGGGAAGCCAACAUUCAUCUACCACCAAUUACAAGACCUUGAAAAGAGCCUGGAUAUUGUUCCACAAAAGAUUUAUAAGCAUAGCUAUCAUUCCCCUUCUGAAACUCAUAUUGGCAAAAGCCAGAGAAUCGUUAAUUCUGCAUUUCCUCGAACUGCAUAUGACCCAUCUCUCAAUCUGUUGGCUGUGGCUGGUCAAGAUCUGGAAGUGGAAAAUCUGCCGAUCCCAGCAGCAAAUGUAAUCGUGGUGACACUGCAAAUGGAUGUAAACAAGCUGAAUAUAACCUUGCUUCGGGUAUUCCGCCAAGGAGUGGCAGCAGCUUUAGGACUCUUGCCUCAGCAAGUCCACAUCAAUCGCCUGAUUGAAAAGAAGAACAGUGUUGAACUAUUUGUGUCUCCCAUAAACAAAAAAUCAGGAAUUUCUGACACUCUGCCAGCUGAGGAAGUAUUGCACUCCCUGAAUACCAAUGUUUUGCAUCAAAGUUUAUCCCAGUUUGGAAUCACAGAAGUCUCCCCUGAGAAAAAUGUUUUGCAAGGGCAGCACGAAGCGGACAAAAUCUGGAGCAAAGAAGGAUUUUAUGCUGUUGUCAUUUUUCUCAGCAUCUUUGUUAUUAUAGUAACAUGUUUGAUGAUUCUUUAUAGACUGAAAGAGAGACUCCAGCUUUCCUUAAGACAAGAUAAGGAGAAAAACCAGGAGAUCCACCUGUCCCCCAUCCUCCUGCAGCCGGCACAGUCUGAGGCCAAGACAGGGCGCAGCAUGGUUCAGCCUGACCAAGGGCCGAAGGUGCUGAGUGUCGUUGUGGACCCGCAAGGCCGAUGCACCCCUGAGGUCAAAGCUACUGCCUCUACCUCGGUCUGUCCUUCUCCUUUCAAAAUGAAGCCUGUAGGACUUCAGGAGAGACGAGGGUCAAAUGUGUCUCUUACAUUGGACAUGAGUAGUUUGGGGACUGUUGAGCCCUUCGUGUCUGUACCAACCCCCCGGGAGAAGGUUGCCAUGGAGUACCUGCAGUCAGCUAGCAGAAUUCUCACAAGGUCACAGCUGAGGGACGUUGUGGCGAGUUCACACUUACUCCAAAGUGAAUUCAUGGAAAUACCAAUGAACUUUGUGGAUCCCAAAGAAAUUGACAUUCCACGUCAUGGAACAAAAAAUCGCUAUAAGACCAUUUUGCCAAAUCCACUCAGCAGAGUAUGUUUACAACCAAAAAAUGUAACUGAUUCGUUGAGCACCUACAUCAACGCUAAUUAUAUCCGGGGCUAUGGCGGCAAGGAGAAAGCAUUCAUCGCCACACAGGGCCCCAUGAUCAACACCGUGAAUGACUUCUGGCAGAUGGUUUGGCAAGAAGACAGCCCCGUCAUUGUUAUGAUCACAAAACUCAAAGAAAAAAAUGAGAAAUGCGUGCUGUACUGGCCAGAAAAGAGGGGCAUAUAUGGGAAAGUUGAAGUCCUUGUCAUUGGUGUAAAUGAGUGUGAUAACUACACUGUUCGGAACCUUGUCUUAAAGCAAGGAAGUCACACCCAGCAUGUGAAGCAUUACUGGUAUACCUCAUGGCCGGACCACAAGACUCCAGACAGUGCGCAGCCCCUUCUGCAGCUCAUGUUGGACGUGGAGGAAGACAGGCUCGCCUCCGAGCGCCGAGGACCCGUGGUUGUGCACUGCAGCGCAGGGAUUGGCAGAACGGGCUGCUUUAUUGCCACGACCAUUGGUUGCCAGCAGCUGAAAGAAGAAGGAGUGGUCGAUGUGCUGAGCAUAGUGUGCCAGCUCCGUGUGGACAGGGGUGGAAUGGUUCAAACCAGUGAGCAGUAUGAAUUUGUGCACCAUGCGCUAUGCCUCUACGAGAGCAGACUUUCAGCAGAAAUUGUCCAGUGAUUUGCCGAAGACUUACCAGACCAUCUGUCUCCUGGGUGAUUAAUUAAACUGCCCCUCAGAGGCUGCUUGACACAGCUUCCUGCAAUGGAAGAGGAGCUCUCAAGCCUAUCUGUGGCAUGGAUUGUGGAAGGCCUGGCAACGUGUGCGAGGUUGCCAGCCCCUUGUGUAUAAGAAUGCACCUAUACGCAUCCCCCAAAUCAUGUUGAAGGUCCUAGCUGAUGAGGUAUGACAGAUCUCCCACACCGCCUAAGGUGGAUUGCAUUUUGUCUGUACUAUCCACCCUCCCAGAACAUACAUGUGUACUAUUCAGUGGCAACUGUCAUCAGGCGAUGACUAGAAGAGCUGCCGAAGAAACCAUUACUGUGUGUUUAGAUGCUUCCAUGUUUGCAGUCUGUCUUGUGAGUGGACGGCCAGGUGUUCACCUGUUCCUGUAUUAAAUGCUCCUACCUGUCUCAGUUAACAGAACCUUGCUGCUAGCACUGCAAGAGACUGAUAAUGGAUUUUUAACCAAUAAGUUUUUGUUUUUGAAAAAACAUCAAAAGCAGGAACUAUUUUAUAUGGAAAUGUGUCUUGAUAAUAUUAUCCAUUACAUGUAUAUGUACAGUACCUCCUGUCAAUCAAUUACAGAGCACAAUGAUUGUCAAUGGAUAUAUAUAUAUAUGUAUUUAUUCUCUUAUUAGGCAUAGAGGUGGCUCCUGCUCCAGAACUCUAUCUACUAUAUUUCUACAUUGUGACUUGUUUUACUUUAAAAGGGAAAAACCAAUUUGUAGCAACUACAAAGUAUCACCAGUUUUAAAUACUCGCCUCUCUUUUGCUAAAAAGGGAUUUUUGAAUAUGCUACCUACCUGGAAUCCCUCCCCCACCCAAAGGCUGAUGCCUUUUGGGGUUGAUGCCACCUGAAUCUUCAUAGGGACGCUGCCUCUUAUGUCCUUAUAUUUCUGAAGGGGUUAAACCUCCAGAGGCAAGAGUAAAAAAUAACUACACUCAGCAAACACCUCACUGUUCUGCUCAAGUCUGAAUUUUUAAAUGUAACGAUGUUGACUUUGUUUCAUACUGCCAAUAAAUGAC